AUGAAUCGCGGUGGAAGAAACAACGGAAUCUAUGCGGCCGAAACGAUUCUAAAGCGCAGAGUUAGAGAGGUAAGGAAGGAGUAAAUUUGCCCCAUAUUGUGGUGAAAAAAUCUUUAUUAAUCCAAGGGCUUUCCAUGGUUUGUUUUGCAGGGAAAAAUUGAAUAUUUCAUCAAAUGGAAGGGUUACUCGCAAAAGUAAGCAUUGUGAAUUUCACGUGCAUAAUUUACCAAUAAAUGUUUUAGAUGUCCCUAUACUUAUUGCUGGAUUUACCGAUCAUAUCCAAUUAGAUACAAUACUUGGGAGCCGGAAGAAAAUGUGCUUGAUCCUAGAUUAUUGAGGGCUUUUCGACAACGGCUGGCAGUAAGGUGA